AGAAACAUUCAAUAGAAACGGUGACAAAGCAAAACUAAAGUAACGAUGGCAAAAUUAUUGACAACUUUGAGUUUUUUGUGUGUGGCUCCAGCAGUUGUUUUUGGAGUUUGGGGUGUUAGUGAAAAAAUUGAUUUGCCUGUUUACAAUCCCAAUAAUGCCAAAUUUCUGACUGGUUUGAAAUAUUUAUCUGAUAACGGUUGGACUCAAUUGUAUUUACAAGAAGCAGGUGAUUCAAGUGCCCCAAAUACUACUAUUGACGGCCUCGUUGAUCAAAUUCAAAUGGUGAUUAACACAUACAACUUAAAAGGUGCCAAAUAUGAGUAUAACGUAUAUAUGCAGCAUUUUUAUGAGUUGGCGGGAACAAUAGGAAAAUUGUAUCAACAGGCCACACCCGCUAACAAGCAACUGAUUGAACACAUUAACCAGGAUAUGGUCACUGCUUUGGCUGUUAUGUUUUCAACAUUACUUUAAAUGUCGCAUCAAUAAUAACAAAGUUAUCUCAGCUCCUGAAAACAAAAUAGAUUUGCCACCUGGAGUUAACAUCAAUUUAUCAUUUUUACUGUUUUGUUCUAAUAUUUUAUUUUGAUGUAUUCUUUUCUC